UAUAUGAUUCGUCCAUGCGUUUAUGAUUGUGAUGAUCAGGGGCUCCAGUAGGAACCGCAAAACCACACAUUCUUUCCAACCACAAGUUGUUGAUAUCAUCAAUUGCAGCCUCCACUGCGCUGGGACUAAUAAUGAUUUUGUUUCUUCUCUAUAUUUAUCACCGCAACUACAGGCAUAAAUCCCAGGACAAAAACAACCAUACCAUCAUCAGCUGCCUGCUCCUUGUGUGGUUAAAUAUAUACACUUGUUCCACCACACAAGUAAUUGUAGCAAGAGAUCUAUCAGUAUAAUGGACCACAAGACCUUAGAAUUAGCCACAGAUAAUUUUGGAGACAGCAACAUGUUGGGCGCUGGAGGAUUUGGUUGUGUAUACAAAGGCAAACUGGAAGGCAACCUUUGUGUUGCUGUCAAGAGACUUUCUGGGGGAAAUCUAGAUGCUAUAAAAGAAUUCCAGACUGAGGUAGAGUUACUGAGUAAAAUUCAACAUCCAAAUAUAAUUACUCUAUUGGGUUAUAGCAUUCAUUCUGACACGAGGCUUCUUAUUUAUGAGCUGAUGGAGUUUGGAUCUCUGGAAACUCAGUUACAUGGACCUUCAAGGGGAUCGGCACUAACAUGGCAUUUACGGAUGAAAAUUGCCCUUGAUGCAGCAAGAGGAUUAGAAUAUUUGCAUGAGCACUGCCAUCCACCAGUUAUUCAUAGAGAUCUGAAAUCAUCUAAUAUUCUCCUAGAUUCCGACUUCAAUGCCAAGCUUUCAGAUUUUGGCCUUGCUAUACUUGACGGGACUCAAAACAAAAACAAUAUCAAGCUUUCAGGAACUCUGGGUUAUGUUGCUCCUGAAUACCUGUUAGACGGUAAACUAACUGAUAAAAGUGAUGUUUAUGCCUUUGGAGUUGUGCUGCUGGAGCUUCUACUGGGAAGAAAGCCUGUAGAAAAAAUCGCUCCAGCUCAAUGCCAGUCUAUGGUCACAUGGGCCAUGCCUCAGCUCACAGAUAGAACAAAACUUCCUAACAUUGUGGAUCCUGUGAUCAGGAACUCUGUAGAUUUAAAGCACUUAUACCAGGUUGCUGCUGUGGCAGUGCUGUGUGUACAACCAGAACCAAGCUAUCGCCCAUUAAUCACAGAUAUUUUGCAUUCUCUUGUGCCCCUUGUCCCUGUUGAGCUUGGUGGGACGCUUUGAGAAGCAAAAGCUGUGGCUACAACUCCUUCGGAAAUCUAAAACAUUUCACAAGGCUGAUUAUUCCGUGUAGCACUCCUUUAUACUGUAACUGUGAUUGCCAUUGUGUAUGUAGCAAUCUUCAGUUGUAGCAUUAUUGACUAAUGAUUGAUUACAUUUGUAGAGAACUAAACCCAGUCUGGUUCUGCAUUUUGCCAACUUGUAGGCUGUUCGCAUGAUGUUGCGCAUUGCAAUUUCUAUUAAAAGAUAUUGAAGUACACUGCUACUAAAAGCAAACUGGAAAA